AUGGUACGAGAUCCUCGCCUUCCCUCACACCGCCCUCUACUCUAUCAGUUUGGCCCAAGAGCUGAUCCAACCAAGGCGACCACUGAGCAUAACUUCCUUCGAAUCCUUGUCAAUCCAGAUAAUGCCAAUAUUGACAUUGUGGCCAUUCACGGACUGAAUCCAGUCAACAAGAAAUUCCACGCCGAGGCAACGUGGACGGCAGAAAACAAGAAGGUGUGGCUUUACGACUUUCUUCCUACGCGCUUACCAAAUGCGAGAAUCUUUCUCUUCGGUUAUAACUCCAAUGUUGCUCUCGAGACGUCGGCAGCCGGUGUCAAUGAGCAAGCGGUCAAUCUGCUCGAUCGGUUCGACGCACAACGGAAGCAGGUAUUGCCACAAAGGCCGAUCAUAUUCAUCGCACACAGUCUGGGUGGCAUUGUAGUGAAGAGGGCAUUGGUGGAAGCGAAACUCAACGACAAAUACUCCAGUAUUCGCCGAGCAACAUUUGGGCUCGUCUUCUUCGCAACUCCUCAUCGUGGUGGCAAUCAUGCAAAAUUAGGCGACAUCGCAGCAAAAAUUGCCAGAUCAGUCCUAUGGAACCCAAGGAAUAGCUUUAUGGAUAAUCUCAAAUAUAACUCACUGUUUUCUGAGCACCUCCAGGACGAGUUCAGACAUCAGUAUGAAGACUACCAGAUACUUUCCUUCUAUGAAACGCGUCCAAUGGGGUCGAUGGGCCUGAUUGUGGAUAGACACUCUGCUACUCUUGGUCUCUCCGGACAACGAGAAACCACCAUUGCUCUUGAUGGCGACCACAGAAGUAUCUGCAAAUUUUCUGAGCCAAACUCAGCCUAUCAGCAAGUCGAAGACGACUUAGCAUCGUUGGUCGAAGAGGCACUUCAAAGUCCUAGCCUUUUGGAGGAAAGGCUCCUAAUCCCUACUGCGCACGCACCUACAUGUAAGUUUUUUGUACCAUAUCAAAAGAACCCAAGCUUCGUUGGCCGUGGGAAAGUCAUUGAACAUUUGGUCGAAUUACUCUCACCCCACCCUGGCUGGCAAAGACGGGCAGCCCUUUACGGGCUUGGCGGAAUUGGUUAUGCCCACUGGUGCAGAGAGACCCAGCCAAAGAUAUCUAUAUUCUGGGUUCAUGCCAGCAACCUGGAACGAUUUCAUCAAUCAUUUAUGGAUCUAGCUGAGGAGCUAAAGAUCCCAGAGGCUGCUUCGCCAAAAACAGACAUCCUGGUUCUUGUGAGAAACUGGCUACGAACGAAGAGGGACAGUGGAAAUUGGUUGAUGAUCGUUGACAACGCUGACGAUUACGAGAUGUUCUUCAAGCCACCUAAAGUCCAAGGGAAAAGAAGCUUUUCGGGCAGACUUGCGGAUUACAUACCUGACUGUGCACAUGGUGCUGUCUUAUUGACAACUCGCGACAAGAAAGUGGGCAUCGGGAUGGUAAAGAAGAUGAAUUCACUGAUACAUGUCAAACGCAUGAGAGAUUUGGAAGCAGUUGAUCUAGUUCGGAAGAUCCUUGAGGAUGAAAACGAAUAUAAGACGGAGGACAUUACCAAGCUUGCAAACAAAUUGGAACACAUACCACUUGCUCUCACCCAGGCCGCAGCCUUCAUCUGGGAAAAUACUUCGGCUAUCACCACAUACCUACGGCUCUAUGAGCAGAGCAGGAUCAAUGCAAUGGAACUCCUUGAUCACAGCUCUGCCAGUACGGCGGCUGAAGAUGAGGCUCGAAAUGCAGUGACGACCACAUGGAUGAUGUCUUUCACAAGAAUCAAGGCACAGAACCCUUUGGCUGCGAACAUUCUCUCUUUAUUGGCCUUUCUCGAUCGACACUGUAUUCCCGACGAGCUGAUCAGGAGGCAAGAUACGAGUCUUUCAGAUAUGGACUUUGAAACUGCUUGUGGGCUCUUGAAAAGAUUCUCUCUUAUCGAAGAGAGUCCCCUCAUCAUAAACGGGAAGAUGCAUUCAACAUUCAGUUUGCAUCGGAUGGUGCAACUGGUGACACAGAAAUGGCUUCAAUUCUAUGAGCAGGCGGCUGUCUGGGCGCAACAAGCUCUGGUGGCUGUCUCAAUUGUCUUUCCUCCUGGAGAAACGGAAGAAUGGAAAAGCUGCGAGAUAUAUCUACCGCAUGUGGAAGUUGUCCUAGAAAGUCAAGCGCAGUUCGAUAGAGGCAGUGUUUUGGCAUCAAAGGCAGCAUUACUGCACAACGCAGGCACAUAUUUUCGCGUCAAGGGCUACCAUGGUCGUGCUGAAGAAACUGCAUCAGAGGCUGUGGCUGUUAGAAAAGCUUUACUAGGAGCGGAGCAUCCUGACACUUUGGCGAGCCACACUAGCCUUUCACGCAUUCUUCUUGAGCAGGGGAGGGUUGAAGAAGCUAUGACACUACAGCUUGAAGCGGUGGCAUCCUCAGAACUAUCCAUCGAAGAGGAUAAUCCAAACUUGCUUCGGGCAAUGGCUCAUCUGGGCUCUCUCAAUGGUAUUCAGGGUCGUUAUGAAGAAGCUGAGCGCCUGCAAGCUCGUGUGCUGGAAGUCAGCAGACGGACACAGGGCUUGGACCAUCCAGAUACCCUGCUAACCAUGCGUGACCUAGCUGUCACAUAUGGGCAUCUGGCCCGAUAUGACGAGGCAGAAUCGCUCAACAAGCAAGUCCUAGAGCGCAGGAAGCAAACUCUAGGCGAAGACCAUCCUGAGACUCUGAUCAGCUUGCUUGAUCUGGCUGCUACAUAUGGUCGGCAAGAUCCAUACGAGAAGGCCAAGAUGGCCGAGGAAAUCGAAAUCGGAGUGAUUGAAGCUCGUAAAAGAGUUCUUGGUGACGAACACCCAGCCACCAUACAAGCAAUGGAACAACUUUGUGGAACAUACAAAUGGCAAGAGAGGCAUAAGGACGCAGCUAAGCUUCAAGAACAGAUAAAUGCGAUUGACCGACGAGGCGGCCACAAGACAGAUAAGCUCUCAGGUACUGCAUUACUAGCCAUGAGCCAUGAUAUCACGACAUACCAGCUGCCACUGCUAGUACGACGUGUUCGACGUAUGUCUCGUGAUGGAUGUAUCGUCGUUGGAAGCACAGACAAGGGUUUCGAAGAGAAACCGAAAAUCCGAGCGAUGAAGAGCUGGGCCGAUCUGAGUUACGUGGUAGACGCCCCGACAACUGUAGAGAAGGUUGAAACGCCCGCCACCAACAUGGUUGAGGGGCAUCAUCACGCCCAAUCAGUGUCGGCUUCCUCAUUACUGUUAUCCCCUGCAAACGUCCCCACUUGCGAAAACCCAAGAAGAUCGCGAAGCCCUGUUCCCGGGUUUCGUUCUCGCUGGAAGAGUUGGCAGGGGACUCUUGACUCAGAGUCCGUCGAAUCGCCAGAGAAGUCUCGGAAGAAAGGCUGGAGUUUGAGACGUUAG